AUGCCAUUUAAUCCGCAUGUUAUUCCACCUUUCCUUGUUGGUCGAUAUAAUUGGGAUAAUUGGAUUUGUGGAUACUUAAAUUACAAAGUUUUAACGAUUUUGUUUGGUGUCACUCCUCCAAUUUAUCACAUUGACCAUGUUAGACACCAAUUCAAUAAAGGUGCUGAUCCUUUAGUGAAAACUAAUGAAGAACUACGAUCUAUGAACUAUAAUUAUUUCGGAUCUAAUUUCGAUACUAAUUAUGUUUAUAAGAAUGGAAAGAUUGUUGCAAAUACAAGGUCAGUUGUCCAUGGUCCACGUUAA